UACUCUGAAUACCAAAGAAUAGAUUUCGUGCAUUUGAGAAAAUUAUCUCCAAAAAAAAAAAUUGAUCGCACAGGUCAAAAUGUUGAUAUUUAAUUGUGCUAAAAGCGUGUUUCACGACUUACAUCAGGGUGACUUACAAACCAUCCUCUUCGUUUUCUUCGGUGUGCUAGUGCUUGUUCGAUUGUUCCAAAAAUUGAGAGAACUGUACAUCUUACCCCCGGGUCCAUGGGGUUAUCCCAUCGUCGGCAGUAUAUGCUCCCUCAAGAAAGACCUUCACGUCCACUUCAACGACCUAGCUGCUGAAUAUGGUUCCCUGUUCUCCACGAGGUUCGGCAACCAGCUGAUUGUUGUGCUGAGUGACUACAAGAUGAUCAGGGAUAUAUUCCGCAGGGAAGAGUUCACAGGAAGGCCCAACAACGAAUUCACCAAGAUCCUAGACGGCUACGGUCUGAUCAACAUUGCCGGGAAGUUGUGGAAGGAACAGAGGAAAUUCGUACACGAAGGUUUGCGUCACUUCGGCAUGUCUUACUUGGGAACCAAGAAGGCUCAGAUGGAAACCAGGAUCACAAAAGAAGUUGAGGAAUUCCUCAGAAUGCUUAAGUCCAAGAGGGGCCAAAAGGUAGAUCUCAACCCUUACUUUGCCGUGUCCAUCUCAAACGUUAUCUGCGAGAUCUUGAUGAGUGUAAGAUUCUCUUUCGACGACAAAAGGUUUAGGAGGUUCAUGCAAUUGAUAGAUGAGGGAUUCAGACUCUUCGGCUCUCUGGAUAAGGCUGUCUUCAUUCCCAUCAUGAGAUACCUACCUGGUAAAUGGCAGACGUUGAACAAAAUCAGACAGAACCGUAACGAAAUGGGAUUGUUCUUGCAAGAAACCAUCGAUGAACAUAGAAGGACCUUCAACAGAGACAACAUAAGAGACAUCUUGGAUACGUAUCUGCUUGAGAUUGCCAAGGCUUCCGAUGAGGGUACUGAAGACUGUUUGUUCCAAGGAAAAGACCACGAUCGUCAAGUACAACAAAUCCUAGGAGACCUCUUCACCGCUGGUAUGGAAACCAUCAAAAAUACCCUGAGAUGGGCUGUACUUUUCAUGCUUCACCAUCCAGACAAGAUGGAGGCUGUUAGAGAAGAGUUGGAUGCAGUUGUUGGCAGGGAUCGUCUUCCAACACUGGAAGACAUGCCUUACUUGCCUGUUACAGAGUCCACCAUCUUGGAGGUGUUAAGGAAAUCCAGCAUCGUACCUAUGGGAACUACACAUGCACCUACAAGGGAUGUCAAACUCAACGGCUUCCACAUCCCACAAGAUGUCCAGGUGGUCCCCUUGCUCCACGCUGUUCACAUGGACCCCGCACUAUGGGAUGAACCAGAAAAGUUCAACCCUUCAAGAUUCGUGAAUGCAGAAGGCAAAGUUGUAAAACCAGAAUUCUUCUUACCUUUUGGAGUUGGACGUAGGGUUUGUCUUGGAGAGAUAAUGGCAAGGAUGGAAUUGUUCUUGUUCUUCUCCAACUUCAUACACUCCUUCGACGUGUCCGUACCAGAAGACGAGCCCUUACCCAGCUUGACUGGUAUUGCUGGUAUUACCAUCAGUCCCAAACACUACAACGUAGUAUUGGAACCAAGACCAAAUGGUUGGGACAUACCUUCAGUCAGCAUAAGGUCCACUGGAAGCCACUAACUCCAAUCAGAGCAAAUUAUCCUGACAAACGGGUCGAAAAUAUAGUACAACUGUAAAAAUUAGGUUAAGUAUUUAUAAUAUGACAUAUGUCAAUUUGUACCAUUUAUGCUCAGUUUUAUACGCGUCAUCACAAGUUGUCUACCUGCAAUUUUAAGUCUUCUAUGAAGACGUUUGAGUCCACCAAGACGAUAUAUGUGGUCCUUCUUUUAGGAAGUAAAAUUGGGGAACGCAGACGUUUUAAAAAACCCUCUGUUCGAACCGAAAAAUUCGAGCUAUCCACUGCCAUUUUUAUUGACAUGUGUUCCUAUUACUAAUCCAUCAAAUUGAUGUCAAUUUUCAAUUCUGAUCAGGUGGAUUAUCGCAGGACCACUGCUCUUGUUACAAAACCCAUUGUUGUGAGAGGUUUUUGAAUUUUACUUUGUACUGAAUGAGUGGUUCCUGCGUUUUUAGUUUUAGGCAAGGUACUUAUAGUACUUACAUUACUUUUAGUUACAUUCCAUACAACAGAUCUCUGCAGAUUUGAAAUAGGCUGUGUGAAAGGUGUUCAUUCAUAAUCCAGCCACAAUUCAAACCACAUUUCACCGUAAUUUUAAGUCUACUAGUCAAUCACCAAUUGGAUUAAGGUUGUCUUUUUCCUUAAAUUUGAAAAAUCUUUUAAUGUGUUCUUUUAGUGUUAUAAGUGUUUUAUCAAUAUUGAUUACCUGUUUUGUUACCAUCGCGAUUUCCAUAUUGGAACUUUGUUUUCGAUGCACCAUCAAUUUUCAUCGAUCCAACUUUCAAUACAUUCCAUUUUCACACUAGUAUUAAUAUGUAUAUAUGUAAUUUUAUAUACCAUGAAUUAAAAGUGUUCAUUUAUAACUUUGACUUUUAAGUUAUUUGUUAUUUAAAAUAAAAUAUGAAUAAUUCAGUGA